GGCGCGGAGGGGGCGCCCGCAGCUGGCGGCGGCGCGGGCCGCGAGCUGGGCUGGCGGCUGGGGGCGGAGGUGGGGACCGGAACGCCGAGGGCUGGCGCUGCUCGCGGCGCCGGGCCCCGUUCCCCGAUCGCGGCGGCCCUGCCUGCGACCCCGCGUCCCCGCCGGCGGGAGCUCGGGGAGGACCGGGCGGCGGCGCGGCUGCUGGCGGCGGCUGGCUGGAUGCGAGACCUGCGCGGACCCGGCGGCGGACGGCGGCUUUCGACUCCGGGAAGCGGCUCGCCCAGCGGACAAGCCGGAACGCGCUGGCCAUGGCCUCCAACUUUAACGACAUAGUCAAGCAGGGCUAUGUGAAAAUCCGCAGCAGGAAGCUGGGGAUUUUCAGAAGAUGUUGGCUGGUUUUCAAGAAGGCUUCCAGCAAAGGACCCAGAAGGUUAGAAAAAUUUCCAGAUGAAAAGGCAGCUUAUUUCAGAAACUUUCAUAAGGUAACCGAACUACACAACAUCAAAAAUAUAACCAGACUGCCUCGAGAGACAAAGAAGCAUGCAGUGGCAAUUAUCUUUCAUGACGAGACGUCAAAGACAUUUGCCUGUGAGUCAGAGCUGGAGGCCGAGGAGUGGUGCAAGCACCUGUGCAUGGAGUGCCUGGGGACCAGGCUCAACGACAUCAGCCUCGGGGAGCCAGACCUGCUGGCGGCGGGGGUGCAGCGCGAGCAGAACGAGCGAUUCAAUGUUUAUCUCAUGCCUACACCAAAUCUGGAUAUUUAUGGAGAAUGCACAAUGCAGAUCACCCAUGAGAAUAUCUAUCUCUGGGACAUCCACAACGCCAAGGUCAAACUGGUGAUGUGGCCUCUCAGCUCACUGAGGAGAUAUGGUCGGGACUCGACGUGGUUCACCUUUGAGUCGGGAAGAAUGUGUGACACAGGAGAAGGACUAUUCACUUUUCAAACAAGGGAAGGAGAAAUGAUCUAUCAGAAGGUCCAUUCUGCGACACUGGCCAUAGCUGAGCAACACGAAAGAUUAAUGCUAGAAAUGGAGCAGAAGGCCCGGCUUCAGACGAGCUUGACUGAACCCAUGACGUUAUCCAAAUCCAUCUCCCUCCCUCGGAGUGCGUACUGGCACCACAUCACGCGUCAGAACAGCGUUGGAGAGAUCUACAGUUUGCAAGGUCACGGCUUUGGUUCCUCCAAGAUGUCACGUGCCCAGACGUUUCCCAGCUACGCCCCUGAACAGAGCGAGGAGGCCCAGCCCCCCUUGUCGCGAUCCAGCAGCUAUGGCUUCAGCUACAGCGCCAGCCUCAUCCAAUGACACCCAGCGGCCAUGGCGACAGUCCGCCCUGGAUCUGCCCAAGGGUCACUGUGCCCUCUGCCUCCUGGAAGACCACUUGCAGUACCAAUUGACACGGUCGGGUCUCGCCCAGUCUCAUUGGGAAGGUUAAAAACUGGAGUUCGCUUCCUUGAUUCAGCGGUUAAGUCCUUUAUUUAUUGAAUUUCUAUGGGGGAAUCUGUGUUCUACAAAAAUAGAAUCCAAAUCGUAUGAACAGUCAUUUAAACAAAAUUCUUUGGGUCUGACAGUAGCAGAAGCCUGGGCACUGAGAGAAGUCGCCCACACUGGGCUGUGCCCGGCAACAGGUGCCCACCGUGCCCUGGUCCAGUCCUCCUGUCUGAGCCCAGGGUCUGUCCUUGGACAUAGCAAUGACCCACCCCAAAGCUCUGUGACAGGGACACAUCCAGUGAGGCUCCACAAAUGGCACCUUAACUCCCUCCCUAUAAAUAAGACCAAUGACAAUUAAGGGAACAUGAAAUUAGAGCACUCUCUCAAGCAGGGCCCUGUAGCUCAUGUGUGUGCGUGUGCGUGUGUGUGUGUGUGUGUGUGUAGAAAAAUAUAGAUAUGGAUAUUACUGUAUCCAUCUAUAUACCACAGUAUAUAUCCAACUUGCUGAGGGCGACAGAAUAUGCUCACUUAAACUGUUGAAAACUAUAAUUUGUUGCAUUAAAACUCAGAUUGUUAUGUUGAAUAGCUAUUUCUAAAAUAGUGCUAUUUAAAAAUGGCUUCUCAUUAGCAGCAGUAUGUGCAUAGUCCAGUCUACUCCUGACACAGGCAGGCGUAAAUGAGGGACGGGAAAUGCUUUGGAAGCAGAAGAACCAGCUGCACUGUCCCUCCCCUCCGGUGUCUCACUGUCUGUCCACGUGGUCUUGCUGUUCUCAAUGUUUCUCCCCUAGUUGGUCCUCCUGAGCCACUCGAGGAAGAGUCUGUGAUCACUGACCAGCUUCCAUUUAGCCUCAGAGGACCCAGGAGUCGCCACCUGGGAAACUGAGAAAGAAACAAAAAUACUUCAAAAAAACUCAGCUGUUUUGUAGUCAAGAGAAGAACAGGCCCAGGAUAGCAGAUACGGAGAUUUAAAAUUUUGUAGAUGACGAUCCAUUGCCACCAGGGGUUUGUAACUAAUUGUGUGAUGGGCACUGGCUGGAUUUUAUUUUUUUCUUGUACUGGACAUGGUUUGUCUGGGAUUAUAAGAGAAAGUGGAUCACAGAUAAAUUUUUAAGCCCUGCAGUAAGCAGACCUAUAAGGUUUUAAGGAAAGUGGCGAUUUUCAAGUGAAUUGAGAAAGUUUGGUUAAUUCAGGUUGACAUGGGUAUGUCCGUCCUUAAUUCUAAAAAUAAAAAUAACAGUUAUUUGGCCUGGGUCAUCUGAUGCUAGGUGCCUAAGAUGGUCAUCUCUCAACCACUCCAGGGAGGGUUUAAAAAACUGGUGAGUCCAAUUAAGCAAGAAGAAAACUUGUUUAUUUUUCUUAAUAGUAAAAUAUGUUAAACCAUCGAGGUUUGUCAAUAGAAAGGGUACCUUUUUUGCUAAUCUCUGCAAAGAUUCUUCUCAUCCCUAACAUAGCUUGAGAGCCAACUGGCAAUUCAUUUCAAUGAAUUACUACUGAAUAAAAACGGUCUGCAUUCCUCCUUGAUAAACGUGCACUUAAGCAACUACCUAGACUCUGAAUCAGUCAGUAGGUAUGAAAACCCCAUCAAGAUACUAAUCAUAAGAGUUAAUGUGCCUGCAAAAAAUAAUUGCACGAAAGCCUUCAGGGAGAGAAAGAAAAUUAACCAAACACCCCACACUGCGAAUUUUGCUGACACAGCAGAAGAGCAGAAGACCGAUUUCUUUCAAGGACACGGCCUUCCUGGAAUCCCAGCCUUCCGGGGUUAACAUCUCUGAAUUUCCUUAGCACACGGCAUUUGCGAUAGAAAUGCCGGUGAUCAAAUCCACCAGAGCAGCUCCCAGCUGAGACCAUUUCAGCACAGUUCCUAGUGAGGCCAACAUGCAGGGGCUCUGGCCGGCUCACUCAGUCGAGCUGUUGCUCAGACAACCACAAGUUUCUACAAGGGACUUAUGGGAAGAGGCCCUCAGGGGUCACGGUCCAUGUCUCAGCUUUAUUAAUGUGCCAGAAGCACAGACAGCGAGUCCAGGGGGAUUCUGCUAAUUACACAAGUCUGCUCUUAUGUCUCUGGUGGGAGACAAACAUGGGCUUGAAGUUACUUCAGCAACACGUUUUGGUUCUGAUCAUUGCCAGUAAGCGUUAAGAGGUACCAAAGAUCAGGCGCAAACUUGGGCCAUUUAUUCUGAAAAUAGUGUCACCGAAAGAGUAUGUGAAAGAGAAAUUUACUUCCCAAAUCUUUAGCACAAUCUCAUGACAAUGAGAAUAAUGCUAAGAAAUUCCUCAUAAUACCUUUUUAGAGCUUUAUUCUAACAUCCCCCUCAAAGUAUAUUUAUAAUUACAGCUAAAUCAAAACUGCUAUGUUGAGAGAUGGGAUUUACAGUGACUUAAUAACACACUUGACAUAAGGCAGUGUCACUGAAAUAAAAAUGACAAGCAGAUAAAUUGUCUACAAAACCAAAGAUCGAAAGAUACUUGGACCGGUCUCUCCGACCUUCAUAAAAUCAGUUCCACUGAGUGACAGAAUAGCUGUGGGCACACGCUCAACUCCACUGAGCUCCCACUUUGCAAGUUGGUUCUCCCUUCAGAUACUGUAUCUUUAAUAUAUUUGCAACUUUGUUUUAAGAGAGGGUUGCUAUGAACCAAAGACAUUUUUUGGCUCCUUCUGAAAGUGACUCAGUUGGGGUUCCUCCCAGAUUUGUUCAGAUGAAUGAAGAUAGCACCAUUUCUACAUCCAGUCGGAAGAGACCAAGGAGACAUAAAGGAAUCCAGCAGACAUAGUGAAUUCUCUUCUAUCAACAGAGAAAGACUAGAGGCAUACACACAUUUCACAAAAGGAUUAGAUGAGGGGAUUUAUUUUUAUGUCCCCAGUUUUUUCUUCUGAUAAUAAAGUACACAUGACCAACACAUACAUUCUAUUUAAAAUGCAGAGUAGUACAAAAUGACAUUGACCCAAUGGCUCAUUAUUCUGGGGAGAGGGAGAAUAAAACAGAUCUUUCACUUACUUAUUGAACCAACAGUAGGCACUCAGAGCUAAUUUAUUUAUGCAGGUUGGAAAUAUUUAUGAAUCAAUUUUUGGGUCACUGCCACAAUUUGAAUUUGAUGAAAAAAGAAGUAUAUAUUUACUAUAUAUUAGGAAAGAUGCUGUUUGAUAGAGCAUGUGAAAUAAAGUGAAAUCUAUUUACUAAAACCAAGUCACACCUCUUUUACCAAACGGUAACUGAAGUACUAGUCCUAGUAUCUUGUACAAUUCUUCUAUGUCUUCAUCAGGAAAUUGUCUGAAAAUCAUGCUUCACCAAUAAAACAGCCAAUCAUUUAUAUCUUCUAUUCAACAAAGACAGUGGACUGGUAAAUAACUUUACACUGUUAGUAGUACUUUCUACUGAUCCAGUUUAUUGCAUGUGGUAUCUUUAUAGUAGAUAUUAAAAUACAUUGUAAAGAUUGAUGUCUAGCCCCAGUCUUUGGUCAAUAUCUCAGAAAACUUUGUAAAAAAAGCAUGAGUACUUUACUCCCUUAGUUAUUGGAACCUUUACAAAAGUCAAUCAUUAUUGCUACAGUGAAACUAAGGAAAUUAUACUCUUAUAACAAAGUAUAUUGUCCAGUUUUGACCAUCAUAACAGCACAAUCAGGGGGCAAUAUUCAGUGGGGAUGAGCUUUAGGCCUUUAACACCUCAUGUUUCACAAAAAAUAUUACACUAAAAACUGCUCAGGGGCUGGGUUGUGGCUCAGUGGUAGAGCGCUUGCCUGGCACAUGUAGGCACUGGAUUCAAUUCUCAGCACCACAUAAAAAAAUAAAUAAAGAUAUCAUGUCCAUCUAUGACUGAAACUAAUUUUAAAAACUGCUCAAAGUGCAAAUUAUGCAUUUUCCCCAAUUCUAUUAACAAGUCUAUCAAUAUCUUGCAAUUUCAAAUUACUUUAUCAAUCAUUAAUUAAAUAAGUUCUGGAACACCACCUUCUCAAAAUAGGUGAAAAUUUGCCUCUGGGUAUGCAUUAGUAGUAAUUACAAUGGAUGAUAUGCCACACAGAUUAAUUUUUAACCUUUGAAAUUCACCAAAUCUGUGUAUCUGCAGCUAUGAAGUGUAGGGGGCAAACUUCCCUCAGAAGGGGUAGAGAGGAUGGUGACUAUUCAGGAGGACGAAUUUGGUAAAAUGAUGAAGAAUCCAUUGAAAUGCCCAGAGUAACACUCAGAACCUACCUUCCUAGCAGCCUGACCCAGUUCCAAGUCAUGGUGUGGCCUUCUUUCCUAGCGCCAUCUCCUGCUAAGUGCGCAACUUAAAGAAGACAUGGCUGCAUCACACCUUGACCACAGAAAGAAGCAGUUUGCCAACAAAUAUGCCUCUUUCCAUUUAGUUAAAAAAAAAAAAAAAAAAAAAAAACUAACACAAAAGAAUGGGUCCCCAUGGAUAAAAGUAUCUUCAGUAGUAUGAGAAUCCCUUUUCCAUGGACAACCUCACUGGGUAGCUAAUGAAGAUACAUUGAGCCCGGCAAGAGUCUAAACAUGUGAGAAGCAACCUCAUGGGUGCGAUCUUUGUAAAUGUAUUCAAAAGAUGACCCACCUUUAAAUCUGUGGGACUAUGCAAAUCCUAUUUUCUCACUCGCGAAUGUGACCCUUGUAUCAUUUCUACAACCAUUCUGAAAGAGAAGGCAUUAAAUAGUGUGUAGACACUGGUGAAAGUAUUGCCAGAUGCUGGACACGUUUUUGAGAAAGGUGGAAUGUUAGCCAGCUCUUGAAGCCCUCGUUAACGUUACAUAGAAAAAAGGUCUCAUUGUAUGUUUCCCUCAGGAGAAAGUUGAAACCCAUAAUUUGCUCAAUGGAAAAAAAAAAAAAAAAAACUAGUUCCAGGCUCCAGGUCCAGGAAUGUUUCCUUGGCCCCAUCUUGUCUCCCAUUUAGAUGUAGUGGGAGUUGAGAAAUGCCACAUGGCCUCGUAAUAAAUAAGACUUGUGCUUUUAAGUGUUUUGCCAUAUUUUUGAAUUGCUCUAGUUCUUCUUGAACUCAUUAUCAGCUAUAUCCCUAAAGAGACUUUCUGGAACAUUGCAUUAAACCUGUAGGUCAUGAAUGAUUGGCAUAAGCUUUAUUACUUUUAAACUGCUAUCCAGUUAUUUUUUUAAAAUUCAAACUUAUUUUUUGCCGACCAACAUAUGAUAUGUUGGUGCAUAUUAAUUAUACAAAAUUAUGGGUUUCACUGUGGCAUAUGAGUGCAUGCAUAAAAACAUAAUUUGAUCAGUUUCAGUCCUCAAUACCUUUUUUACCCUCUCUUGACCUCCUUCCUUGUGUCCCUUCUGCUUUAUCCUAAAGUAAUAGUUAAACUAAAAAAAUUAAAUAGGAGUAUGUAUUUUUCAGUACUAUGAAUUCUUCAUAUUAUAAUUAUGAUUAUUAUUUGGGAUAUUUAUCCCUCCACAGCACUUUAGGAUGUGAUUAUUUGUGACAUUUGUCAUAAUUUUGUUAGACAAUUGAUGAAUCAGGGCUACAUUUUUUUUCAUGAGAACUUCAAAAAGCUUCUUUCUCAACAGAAGUUUGAAAGAUGAAUUUUUUUACAAAUACCUUACACACACAAAAAUACCUUACAUAUCAAGUUUCCUUAUAAAUUUCACUAAGCAAUUGUUUAAAUUAACUGAAGUUUGAAUAAGAACUAAGUUAAAAAUAGUUCACUUACUAAAUAACAUGAAAACCGCAUUUUACUUGUAAUUUUCAUAUUUUUUCCCUGAUUUGAGAUUUGAAUACCUUGUAAAUAUCUGAAGUAGAGGAAAAAUUCACUUGUUAUAGAAUAUUCCUUCUAAUAAUUCCAUUUAUGUCCUAAGUUUUUCUUUUAACUAUCUUCUAUGUUUACUUCCCACAUCUGUGUCCCACAUCCUGGUUGUCAGAAGAAUAACUGUAUUCAAACUUUUUUUAUCAUUAUCUUGGGCCCAAAUUUAGUAGCUAAUACAAUUAACUUCCUUUCUGUUUCCCACUUAUGGUAUGAAGUUAGACUAAGAGCAUAAACCCCACUCUUUCUGUUGUUGCAGAACCUUGUGUCAAGCAGAGCAAGGCGGCUGGCCGCAUUCUGUAGGGUGCCGUUGUCGGAACUUAAUCCUAAUUCACCCCAGAGACCCACGGUCUCCAAAAUGUUGUUUCUUACCACAUAGUUGAAAUUUAAAAGCCCACAAAGAAGAAUACUGAGAUAUGAUUUAAUCUUUUAAAGUCACUGCAGCAUUUCUAAGAAAACAUCUUCAGAGGGUUUCUAUGGUGGUUCCAAAUCCUUAUUUGACAGAGGUACUGAAAGGCAGCAAAGGGAAGAACAAAAUGAUAAGAGAGAGUAAAUACCUUGAGAGUAAGUAUCAAUCAGAAGCUAAGAUGAUAUAGGUCAAUAUGAAAUAGUAAUUCAACCACUCAAAUUCAGAUUCACAAAUCUAUUGCAUAGUUCAAGAAACAAUGCUUAACUCUUAUCAAAAGUGUGUGUGUGUGUGUGUGCGUGUGUAUGUGUGUGUGUAAGAGUGGAAGGAGUGGAGGCACUACAGCUUCAAAUUUGGGGAAAGACCCAUGGAGUAGACGAUUCUUCCCAGUUAUGAGCCACUUUAUCUUUCAGUUGAACAGGGCAGUGCAUGAAGAUUAGCAAGUCAGUCAGCUCCACGACAUGAAGGCCAGUGAUUGUUCACUACAGAUGACAGGAGACCUCUCAGCAUCUGCGGUAGCUCCUCAUCCCACCGCCCUGCACCCCAGCUGUCAUGCGCACGUGCGCACCCACGUACACACACACACACACACACACACACACACACUUUAGUUUUGACCCACUCUGUACAUUUCACUGUAGGUUACCUUUCUUCUUUUUAGAUUCGCAUAGAAUCACCCUGUCUUGGCAUAAUUUUUAUCUCUAUGAAUCUCCAAAAUAUAUUAAUUUAUAUAUGUUUGCUUUCUGUAAAACUCUAUUUAAUUAAUUUAUGUAUACGUUGUGAAGUCUUAUACUGUACAUUGUAAAGGGAUGUCAUUUGUGGUUGGCUAAAUGUUGAUGAUCGUUUUGAUAAAAACGGCAUUGGAAAUUAAGCCCUUGUUAAGAAAUAAAACAAUACAAAUUUUCUUCUGUUAGAAAACAUGAUUGGGCAUACUUUGUUUUCAAUUAUAAUUUCUUCCAAAUAAAUGAUAGUCUGGGGAACUCUGUACUGAAAUACUAGUUGGGCCACUUUUUGGGAUGAAAUGCAAAGGUAUAGCUGUCCCUGGAACAUAAGUGUGAAUUUCUGGUAGAACAGAAAAUAAUAAUGAGGCAAUAAUAAAAUUAGGAAAUUCAAUUAUUUUUAAAUCUGUCUGUGUGAUUUUUCCCUUUGAUUAAAAUACAUGAAAUACAUACUUGAAGAAUUACCUUCUUCUAAACUUACAGUAUGCAUAUAUAUGUAUAUAUAUACAUAUAUAUCAGUCCUUAAUUGAUAAACCUAAUCUAUUAUUCUCAAUGUCUUAUGUAAUUUCAAGAAAUAGACAAAUAAUAUUGAUACAAGGAGGAAAUUUUAUAGUUGUGCAAUAUCAAAACUUGCUUCACCACUUUUAAAAAAUGUAAAGCAGUUCCAAAAUAUUACCUUACACCAAAAUUUUGCAUGAUUGAGACCUUGAACAACUAAAUUGAUGGUUUUACAAAGCCCAUGGGUUAUUUAAUAUUGCUAGCAGUGUAAUAUUAAAUGAUUUUCUUACCUUUCUGUUAUUGUGUGAUAACAUGUAACUAUGUAAUUAAACAGAAUCCUGACAAUCAUAUUCUGCUAACCUUUAAAAUGUUACUUAUUCCUUCACUUAUUGGCUUGCUAUUUUCAAAAUAAAGUAAAAGAAAGCCCUUUA